AUGAAUUUAAGAAUCGCUAGUAAUCGCUUCAAACAAUCAAUUUUCCAAAUUGCCCAAGACAGUGAUUGGCAUAACUGGCAUACUUCUUCAUAUUCUUUCAGUCAACAUCAUGAUCUUGAACUCGAGAAUGCAGAACAAACUUCAAUCAACGAUAAUUUCAAGGAUUUAGAAGGUCGAAUAUCGAAAGAAGCAUUAAAUAUCAUUCGACGAUUACAUCAAGAAAAUCCAAAAAAUUCCUUCUUCCAACCAUUUCGAAUUAAUCAUUUCAACAAUUAUCCACCAUCGCAACAGUCAAGUUCGACUGAUUCCAAGGAAUAUGUGAGAAUCUCCGGUCGAUUAGAUAUCAUUUAA